GCCGACCACUGACGAGGAUGCGCGAUCCUUGAAAGAGGCACUCCAGGAGGCUCUCCACGCCGAGAACACCUUGCUGGAGCGCGAGGUCGAGCGCCAGCGCGCCGAAAUCCAGGAGUUGAAGUCUCGGCCGCGUGCUGCAGCGACUCCGAUGAUGGAGCCGCGGGCCAUCGAAGAGCCACGGGCCAUCGAAGAGCCGACGGUCGUCCGGCGAGUAG